CACCAUGUGAAUUAGUUACUCGACAUAUCUCAGGUGCAACCUAUCCUACUAUUAGUUUAAUAUAUCCUUAUAUGCAUUUGUUAAAGAAAAAAUUUGCACCAACUGAUAAUCAUACAAUUGAAGACUAUAUGGAUUUGGUAUAUGGACUAGCUUUAUCUGAAAAUAUGAAUAAAAAUAAUGAGAUAGAAGAAAUAGCACUUAUAGCCACAAUAUUAGAUCCCCGCCUUAAAGGUCUUCGAUUUGUUAAUCAAGAAGAACAUAUUAAUAUCCAAGAAAAACUUAAAGAAAAAUAUCAAGAAUUAAAAUAUAGCCAAGACAAUAUUUUAUCAACAACACAAAAUAGAUCUAUUAAUCAAAAUAAAGAUACAAAUAUUAAUAAUAUAUUUGAUAAUAUGUGGGCUCCUGCAAAACAAAAUGAUGAUCCACUAGUUUGUAUCUCAGCAAUAUCAGUUCCAAGUGAACGAUUGUUUUCUGAUGUUAAUGCUUAUAUUUCUGCUCGCAGAACAAGAUUAUGUCCAAAUUUACUUGAGUCUUUAAUCUGGGAUCCAGAACUGGAACAAUUAGUGAUCUUACUAAAGAUUUCUACCUUACUUAUCUCAACUGAUAAAAUUAUAUCUACCAGAAAUUUCG